UUUAUAUUUAGCAAUGAAGUCUGAUAUCUUUCUUUCUCAGUGUAGGUAUUUUGAGGAAAGGAGGUGUGACUGGUACCUCAAGCUGCCAAAACCAUGAGGACAGCUUCCUUUACUCAGAAUUCUUUACUAGCAUCCUUUCAGUUUGUACCAAGACAUUAUUCAGCCUCAGAUCACCAGAUAUUUUCUCUUCAAGACUUUCUUGAUCGCUGUCAGAAACUUCUUGUUCUCACUGGAGCAGGAAUCUCAACUGAAAGUGGGAUUCCUGAUUAUCGAUCAGAAGGUGUGGGACUUUAUGCUACAAGUACUAGGCGACCCAUUCAAUAUCAAGACUUUCUGAAGAGUCCUCCCACCAGACAAAGGUAUUGGGCUCGGAAUUAUGUAGGAUGGCCAAAAUUUGCCUCCAUGCAGCCAAAUGCAGGGCACAAGACCUUGGCCAUGUGGGAGAGCAACCCUAGACUCCAGAAGAUUGUUACUCAAAAUGUGGACAGAUUACAUAGCAAGGCUGGAAGUCAUGAAGUCAUUGAGUUGCAUGGGACAGCCUAUGAAGUUCUCUGUUUGAAAUGUGGUCAUGCAUUGGAUCGGCAUACAUUUCAAGACAUACUCAGAGAGCUAAACCCUCAUAUAGAACACUCCAAAACUAAUGUACGACCUGAUGGUGACGUGGAGAUAGAAGAUGAAGUGGUGAGAAAUUUCAAGGUCCCUUCCUGUUGCAUUUGUCAAGUUGGAAUCAUGAAGCCCAACAUUGUGUUCUUUGGUGAUAAUGUUCCAAAGGCAAGAGUUGAACAAGUGAAAACAUUGGUGAGUGAAAGUGAUGCUGUGCUGGUUGCUGGUUCAUCUCUAUAUGUUUACUCAGGCUAUCGGAUUUUAUUGCAAGCAAGAGAACAUUGUAUACCAAUUGCAAUUGUGAACAUUGGCCCAACUCGAGCUGACCACUUUGCUGACCUUAAGGUCUCUGCACGGUGUGGAGAAGUCCUGCCUAAGCUCUACCUUCAUUAA